AUGGCUGAAGCAAGCAUCCUUUCAUUGGCCCGACAGUACAACCACUCCUACUUCGUGAGCCCACCGGCGGCGCCUCUCCUGCAGCCGGCAGCCACGAGACAACGGAAGGGGCCAGCCAUGGCGACGGCGGAGAACAAGAGGCCUCGGAGCAGCGGCGGCGUGGAGAGGCCGCCGAGUAGGAAGGAGAUAUUGGGGAGGAAGAAGGCCAUCAAAGAACUUAUAAGGAGAGCUGUAGCUGUGAAGGACCAUCUUGCGCAAUUCCCGGAUUUUCAUAAAUACGAGAGAAGUGGUUUUUCGAUCUACUUGGAGUCUGGGCAUGGCAAUCAGCUUCCAGUGCCAACGAGGAAGUACAUCCAAAAUCUUCUCAAGGCUAACAUGAAGGGAACUUAUGGAUCAGAAUGGACUUCAGAAGAGAAAAUUAAGCGCCGGGAAAUGGUUGCUCCAGAAGCACGAUAUAUCCUGAUCUGCCAAUAUGCAGACAGUGAUAUUGCCAAAUGUUUCAUGAAGCAAGAUUCAGGGGUGGAAUGUGCACAUGUGACAUGCCGUGGAGGCCGCUUGCUUGGUUUUGUACACUACAGAUUUGUUGUUGAAGAGGAUGUUCCUGUUCUUUAUGUGUAUGAGCUACAAUUGGAGUCUUCUGUCCAAGGGAAGGGGCUGGGGAAGUUCCUAAUGCAGUUGAUUGAACUUAUAGCUUGCAAGAGCCAAAUGGAGGCCGUGAUGCUAACAGUUCAAAAAUCUAAUACAGAUGCUAUGGCUUUCUACAACAAUUUGGGAUAUGUAAUAUCCAGUACCUCGCCAUCACGAGUGGAUCCACUGGUAUUACUUUACCAAGAAAUAGUAUCCACAGGAACAAGAUAUUUGUACGUUGACUCCUUCAUUUUCCACAGAUUGGAAUUCAUAGAAGCUAUGAGAUCUUGUGCAAGGCAUUUGAAUCUGAAGCCAAGUGCAAAUUGGAGCUAA